AUGACGUUCACCGUCGCCACCAUCAGCACCGGCGCUACAUGCGGCGGUGCUGGAAUCCUCUACAACAACACCACUACAACAACACCCUACACCCCUCUCUCCCACAUCACCCUCCCAUCAUCCUCCUCAAAAAGAAGAACCCUUCAUAUAGUUUCAGCUAAAAAGUUUUCUUCUCGUUCUAGAAGGAAGCAGCCAACAACCACCACGACCGCUGAUCAGGAGUCGCAACCAACGAAUGAGGUUGAAAUACCCUUUUACUCCGAUGAAGAUUGGCCGUUUCCGUAUAGACCUCCAGGUACCUCGAAGGAGCCUGAUUUCUUUGAAGGUCCUCAGUGGGACACUGUUGGGUUCAUUGGAGAGUGGUUGUGGAUUCUUGGUGGUGUUUUCGCGGUAUUUGGUGGUGGGUAUGCUGCCAUAAAUUACAAUCUAGGAGCAUCAGAUUUCAAGAACACUCCUGCAUACAAGGAAUCUGUUCAGUCUCAAGAACUUUUAGAACAACCCGAAACAUCUGAAUCAGAUAUCUUCGAGUCAAAUCCUACAGAGGUAGCUCCUAGUUUGAACUAG